AACUCAGGCGAGUCAUAGGGGAAGACCUCUGGGGAGGCGGAGGCCCGCGGGGCGGGGGGCGGAGCCUGGAGAGGAAAGGUCGAACCAGAGGGCAGAAGGAGGGCUCUAAGGAGGGAUGCGAUAUUAAGAUACAGGGAAAGACUAGAGGGCGGGGCUUAGGGAAAGAUGGGCCUGCAAGAGACAAGAGGGGAAGAGACGAGACCACGGACCCUGGGAGGUGCUUAGAGUGGAAGACUGGGCGUGGAAGGGGCGUGGCUAGUACCAAACUGUAGGCCUGAGGGCGGAGUCAGUAGGUGGGCGGGGCCUGGGGAAAAGCGCUCUAGCGAGGGAUGAUUGACAACAGUCUAAUUCAUUUUUGCCUUCUCAGCCCGCACAGCUUGCAUAGUACCCGGGCGAUGAUUGCCCCCUUUCCUUCCCCCAACACCUGCUGCCCCGUGAUCUCUUGGAUACUGUCUUAUUCAGUCACUCAAUGAUCACGGAAUAAAUGCCUCCUUGUCAGGCGGGAUUCCAGGUGAAUUAGAACCGGUCUCUGCCCUCCAGGACCAUUAAGGAGCAGGAUUUAACAUACGUGUGUUCAGAGGGUGAGGGGAAAGAGAGGGAAGGGGCUUAGGGAAGCAUUCCAGGAGGAGAUGAUGUCUGAGCAGAGUCUUAAGAAACAAACAAGAGUAAGAUACACUAAGAGAAAUGGAAGUUUCAGAUAAGGUCUGUAGUUUAGUUGGAAGUGUUGUACCAAUGUUAAUCCCCUGGUUUUGAUCAUUGUACUCUGGUUCUAUAAGAUGAUAACAGGGGAACAUGGGUAAGGAAUUUACAAGAACUUUCUGUACUAUUUUUGCCACUUUUCUGUAAGCCUAAAAUUAGUUCAAAACAAAAAGUAUUUAGAAAGAAAAAGAAAUAGAAGUUUCGGCCCAAAGGAUCAGCACAUACCAAGGCAAGGAAGAAUGGACAACUCCUAGGGGGUGCGCUGGGAACAACAAUCAGUACAGCAUGUCUGGACCCUAGGGAACAUGCAGAGGAAACAUUCUGAGAUAAGGCUGAAGACAAGGACAGAGAUUCUGCAAAUUCAAGCAAGACACUCAUCUGGGAAGCUCGAACACCUGGGGGUGACUUGAGGCUGAUGACUGGAAUCAUCUGAAAGCUUCUUCACUCACAUGUCUGAUGCCUGAGCUGGGACAACUCAAAGGCUCAGCUCAGGUGGGGCUGUCAAACAGAGUACAGACACACGACUGCUGCUUGUGGCUUGGGCUUCUCACAAUGUGGCAGCUAGGUUCCAAGAGGGAGCAUCCUGAGAGGGAGCUUCCAAACAACUGGCAUUCCAAGAGAACCAGAAGGAAGCUGCAUGGCCUUCUAUGAUCUAGCCUCAGAAGUCACACAACAUCACUCCUGCUGUACUCUAUUAGUUGAAAUAGUCAUAAGGGAGGAACGUCAAAGAAUUUGUGACCAUUUUUAAAAACCGCCAAAAUGUCAUACAAUAAUAAUAAUGAUAGCGAUAAUAAUAAAUACUGGUGUUGGGUAUUUUGGCUGAAAUGCCAAAGAUAGAUAUUAUAAAAGAAAGAGCAGAUGGGGGAAGAUAAUGAGCUCAGUUAUAGACCCAAUGGGCUGAAGGUGACUGUGGGGUAUCCAAGUGGGGACAUCCAGUGAGAAAUUAGUGGUAUACAAAGGUCUGCAGCUCAGAAAGAGUUCUUGGGAGUCAUUAGAUGGGAAAGGAAAUCCUGUGGGUGACUGAGAUUGGCCAGAGAGAGUUGGGAGGAUGGAAAGAAAAGGCCUAGGACAGAGUCCUAAAAAACAUCAGCACGGAAGGGAUGGGCAGAGGAGCUUAUGAAAGACACUAAGAAAAAAUAAACAGAAAACCAAGAAAUUAUGGUAUCACAGAAACCAUGGCAAAAGGGGAUUUCGAUAAAAUGUUGGGGACUAUAGACGUUUCUUCCAAGAAACUCUCCAAAAACACAAAUCUGACCAUAUCACUUAACGGUGCAAAACGCUUCACAAGGUGUCCAUUGCCUUUAGAUAAAAUCCAAGAUUUAUAACAUGGCUGACAAAACUCUCCCUGAGCUGGUGUCUGUCCAACAUUCAGCUUCAUCUCUCACCACUGGCCCCUCAGGUUCUCUACAAAAACCACUUAAUGUUCCCCCUGUCACCCAUGCUUUUGGAAAUCUUUAUUCCUUUGCACAUUCUAUGCAUGUUGCCUCUAGUGCUCUUCACCAUCUCAUCUCUAUACCUGACUAACUCCUAUUCUUCCUACAGAAUCCAGGCUCACUUGGGACCCUUCCUUUCCCUUCCUGUGUACUGUCAUAGCCCUCUGUGUAUCCACCUAAAGGAGUACCCACCAGUCUGGCGUGUAAUUGCCUGCACACCUGACUAUUUCCCCUACAGGACUGUGAGUUUCUGGAGGGCAGGGAAUGUUUUUCUUCUUCUUUUAUCCCCAGUGCUUAGCACAAUAUUGACCUGGCACAUAGCAGGUGUUCUGAUUAUGACUUGUUGACUGAGAAAGACGAUAGUAGUUAAAGGGACAUCAAGCUGAGGGAGAAUUUUUAGAUUUUUUGUUUGUUUUAGUAUGGGAGAGAUUUAAGCAUGUUCACAGAAAGGGAAAUUGAAAGAGGUUGAGGAUCUAGGAAACAUGUGGGAUAGCUGGUGGGAUCAGGCCCUAGAGGUAACAGGAAGGAAUAGGGGCAAAACCCCACAGGAUGGCCCCUGUCACACUCAUCCAGCAGGAAAGAGGCAAGGUUAAUGUGGAUGUAGAUAAGGGUGCAUAUAAUAAAAGCAGAGUUCACAUCUGAUGUGACAGGCAUUCUUCGUCCCCAGAGACUAGUUCAGCACCUGACACAAAAGACCCAUUCAGUAAAUAGUUGUUAAGUGAAUAAAGAAUAAGGCCCAAGCAGGGAACUUGCACAAUGUAAAACUGAAUGAAUGACUGAGCCUACAAUGGCACCCAGAUCUCCUGACCUAGUGGGCCCCCAUGUACUACACCUUGUUGGCAGGGAAGGUGACACACUGCCCAGGCUUACCCCUGAGGCAUGCACCCUCACCUUCUCCAGGGACCUCAUUAGUGAUGUUUAGCUGGGCAGGUGUAAGCCUAGGCCCUGGGAGACAGGGCAGGGAGCUGGAGCCACACUGCCUCCGCCCCCUCAGUACCAGCUGGCCCUGGUUGUGUUGCUAAGAGCUUCAGACACCAAAGACAGAGAAGUCGCAGCUGGAGACCAAAGGCAGCCUCCUCCAGGCAGGCAGACGCUAGCCCCCACCUUCUGAAGCCACCUACAGGCAGAGGCCCUGGAUAUCUCACACCCAGGCACCAGGUCACAGAACCAUGAACCAGGACAGCAAAGUGAAGACAACAGAGUCCAGGCCCCCUGCUCUGUCCAAGGCCAGGAAGUCGCUGCCUGUCCUGGACCCAUCUGGGGAUUACUACUACUGGUGGCUGAACACAAUGGUCUUCCCAGUAAUGUAUAACCUCCUCAUCAUCGUCAGCAGAGCCUGCUUUCCUGACUUGCAGCAUGGUUAUCUGGUAGCCUGGUUAGUGCUGGACUACAUAAGUGACCUGCUGUACCUACUGGACAUCGUGGUGCGCUUCCACACAGGCUUCUUGGAACAGGGCAUCCUUGUGGUGGACAAGAGUAGGAUCGCCAGUCGCUAUGCUCGCACCUGGAGCUUCCUCGUGGACCUGGCUUCCCUGGUGCCCACAGACGUGGCCUACUUGCAGCUGGGCCCGCACACACCCACACUGAGGCUGAACCGCUUUCUGAGGGCACCCCGCCUCUUUGAGGCCUUUGACCGCACAGAGACCCGCACAGCUUACCCAAACGCCUUUCGCAUUGCCAAGCUGAUGCUUUACAUUUUUGUUGUCAUCCAUUGGAACAGCUGCCUGUACUUUGCCCUGUCCAGGUACCUGGGCUUCGGGCGUGACUCCUGGGUGUACCCUGAUCCCGCACAGCCUGGCUUUGAGCGCCUGCGGCGCCAGUACCUCUACAGCUUUUACUUCUCCACACUGAUCCUAACCACCGUGGGCGAUACGCCGCUGCCAGCCCGGGAGGAGGAGUACCUCUUCAUGGUGGGAGACUUCCUGCUGGCCGUCAUGGGUUUUGCCACCAUCAUGGGUAGCAUGAGCUCUGUCAUCUACAACAUGAACACUGCAGAUGCAGCUUUCUACCCAGACCAUGCACUUGUGAAGAAGUACAUGAAGCUGCAGCAUGUCAACCGCCGGUUGGAGCGGCGAGUUAUUGACUGGUACCAGCACCUGCAGAUCAACAAGAAGAUGACCAAUGAGGUAGCUAUCUUACAGCACUUGCCCGAGCGGUUGCGGGCAGAAGUGGCCGUGUCUGUACACCUGUCUACUCUGAGGCGGGUGCAGCUCUUCCAGAACUGUGAGGCCAGCCUGUUAGAGGAGCUGGUGCUGAAGCUGCAGCCCCAGACCUACUCACCAGGUGAAUAUGUCUGCCGCAAGGGGGACAUUGGCCGAGAGAUGUACAUCAUCCGCGAAGGUCAACUUGCCGUGGUGGCAGAUGAUGGAAUCACACAGUACGCUGUGCUUGGUGCAGGGCUCUACUUUGGGGAGAUCAGCAUCAUCAACAUCAAAGGGAACAUGUCUGGGAACCGCCGCACAGCCAACAUCAAGAGUCUAGGUUAUUCAGACCUGUUUUGCCUGAGCAAGGAGGACCUGCGGGAAGUACUGAGCGAGUAUCCACAGGCCCAGACCGUCAUGGAGGAAAAGGGCCGUGAGAUCCUGCUCAAAAUGAACAAGUUGGACGUAAAUGCCGAAGCAGCUGAAAUUGCCCUACAGGAGGCCACAGAGUCCCGUCUGCAAGGCCUCGACCAGCAACUGGAUGAUCUGCAGACCAAGUUUGCCCGCCUCCUGGCUGAGCUGGAGUCCAGCGCACUCAAGAUUGCUUAUCGCAUUGAACGGCUGGAGUGGCAGACUCGAGAGUGGCCAAUGCCUGAGGAACUGGCCGAGGCUGAUGACGAGGGUGACCCUGAGGAGGGAACGUCCAAGAGUAGAGAGGGCAGGGCUGGCCAGGAGGGUCCCCCAGGCCCAGAGUGACCCCAUCUCUAUCCUCAGGCCCCCCACCUACAAGUAAAUCCAGAGUUAGAGGAAAUCCUGCCUGCAGAAACUCUGCCAUCGUGUCUGCUGUAGGGGUGUAGGAGGAUAGCACACAUUCAUUCCCCACUCACCAGCAUACACACUCUGGCCCCAGGACUGUGCAUUCCAUAUAAAAUGCUGUGGAGUUCUCCUCAGAGCACACUUGCUUUCUCACACACAUAGAUAUGUGUUAUACCCUCGUAACAUAUACACAUUCAGUCGUGCACCUCAUAAAUACACACAUUCUGAGCAUCAUACACCAAUAGACACACAGAUGCCCUCCACAGGUUUGCACACACUUGUGAACACACAAAACCACACCCAGAGCCCUCUUCUUCCAAGACAAUCUUUAAAUGCCCCUCGUAUGGGAGGUCCACAAGUAUACCCUGCAAGUUGCACUUCAAUAAAGUAUUUGCCUCCUCACUAAGCAUUUAUUGGCCUGAUGGGAAAAGGCAAAGCCCGUGGUGGUCCGGGAUGAAUUCUGUCUGAAUUCUGGGUCACACGGGCAAGGGGCAUGGGCUGUGUAGUAGCUGGUGGGUAGGAUUCAAAGAGGAUGGGGUACGUACGUGAUGAAUCGAGGACCAGUACUUAGCAAAGGCAAAACAGGCUUAUGCAUCAUACUGCUGUAAUUGGGCACCUGCUUUUAUAGACUUAUUUACGUACACACACUGACCACUGCAUCUCAUACCAAAGUGUGUGUCCCCAACUUCGAGAGCUCUGAGGGGUUUGAUCUAGCUUAGUGAG